GAGUGUCUGCCCGCCGCCCGCCCGCUUAUAAGCAACUGCGAAGUCCAAAUGUCACAGAGCCGGGAGGCUGCGGCUCCUCCAGGGCUUCCUCCCGCGGCAGCCCAGCGGGUCUGCUCCUGCUCCCACCAGGACUUGGCCAUUCUGCAGAAGCAGGGGCAGAUCACAAACUUUUUCUGAACUUUGAAAAAUGCACUAAACUUUGAGGCUUGGUGGCUGAACACUUUCUUAUGAUGCUUGCCACGUCAGGCUCUACAGGAAACAAUCUGCUGCCAAACUUCAGUAUAUCAUUUCAGAAAGAGCCAUGUUGAAUUGCUUCUCUCCGUGUCCGUUUCUGUACAGAUGAUAUAGUAACAGAUCUCUGGGAAGGAGUGAGAUUGGCUUCAAAGAUCUAUUAACUGACCAGAGAAAACACAAAAUGGACAAUUUCUGAAGAUUUUGUUAGAAGGCAAAAAUUAACUUUAAAACAUAAAUUGGACUUCAAGGAGUAAGAUAUUUUAAAAAGCAUCAGAAAAUUGGAAAUUCCUUGGUUUGGCCAAAAGUCUCAGGAGAAUGGAUACCAUUGAGACAGCAAAGCUUGAAGAACACAUGGAAGGUCAGAACAAUGAGACCUCAAAUGGCUAUGCUCGACCUACCCUAUCUGUCAGCGAAGAGAGCAAAAACGGCAAUAGCAAACCAAAGGGUUUGUCCAAUGGAUUGCGGAAAAGCACAAAGAAGUAUCCAGACUAUAUUCAGAUUUCUAUGCCUGCUGAAUCUAGGAACAAAUUUCCCUUGGAAUGGUGGAAAACAGGCAUUGCCUUUGUGUAUGCUCUCUUCAACUUAAUUCUAACGACUGUCAUGAUCACCGUAGUUCAUGAGAGGGUACCUCCCAAGGAGCUCAGCCCUCCCUUGCCUGAUAAAUUUUUUGAUUAUAUUGAUCGCGUGAAUUGGGCUUUUUCUGUAUCAGAAAUAAAUGGAAUGAUACUAGUUGGAUUAUGGAUAAUCCAGUGGCUGUUUCUUCGAUACAAGUCAAUAGUGGGACGCAGGUUCUUUUUUAUAAUAGGAACAUUGUACCUGUACCGUUGUAUUACCAUGUACGUUACCACCCUACCUGUGCCUGGGAUGCAUUUUCAAUGUGCUCCAAAGUUGAAUGGAGAUUCUCAAGCUAAGGUGCAGAGGAUCCUGCGACUGAUUUCUGGUGGUGGUCUGUCCAUUACAGGAUCACACAUCCUAUGUGGAGACUUUCUUUUUAGUGGUCACACUGUAGUGCUAACACUCACCUACCUAUUUAUCAAGGAAUAUUCACCUCGUCAUUUCUGGUGGUAUCAUUUAAUCUGCUGGUUAAUGAGUGCUGCUGGAAUAAUCUGUAUCCUUGUUGCACAUGAACACUACACUGUGGAUGUCAUCAUUGCUUAUUAUAUCACCACCCGGCUCUUCUGGUGGUACCACUCAAUGGCCAAUGAAAAGAACUUGAAGGUGUCUUCCCAAACAAAUUUUCUCUCUCGAGCAUGGUGGUAUCCAAUAUUUUAUUUCUUUGAGAAGAAUGUACAAGGUUCAGUUCCAUGCUGCUUCUCCUGGCCAAUAUCUUGGCCUCCCAGCUGUUUCAAAUCUUCAUGCAAAAAAUAUUCUCGGGUUCAGAAGAUGGGAGAAGACAAUGAAAAAUCCACUUGAAGAAAGGAAAGAAAUCAACUGCUCUUCUUUUUACCAAAACAUUAAUGCUAUAACCAAAGUUCUUUGAGGACUGUAUUGUUACACAAGUGGACCAAAUUUUUGUGCAGUUGAUUGGAAAAACACCUUGUAGACAAAAAUGUCACCCCUUGAUAUAUUUUCUAGUCAUCACAUUGUACAGGCCUGUUCCACUCUUCAGUGCUGGUGUGCACCACUGUUAGGAUUUUUACCUGAGAAAGAAAAGAAGAAGGACUUUGGUUUAUUAAUGAGAUUAAGCGGUGCCAAAGAAUACAUCACGCUCUUCAUUAUUAAUUAUCACUCAUCCACAAAAGCACCCAAACAAAAUCUCUUCAGAGUUCUGGAGUUUAAGGGCAGAAGAAUGCUAAAAAUUUAAAUGCACAAUGUCUAUAUAGAAAAAUAUAAAGAAUAACACAGUGGUGGGAAGUGGUUUAUUGCAUUGUUUUUGCAAAUGAAGGUUAAACCUCCUGAUAAAACAACUGAAGCUGGAAGUGAACCUUGCCAUUUUUACAUUAUACUGGGUAUGAAUGUAUUAUGACCCUGAAAUACUACCAACUCCUAUGUAUCCUAUACUACUCUAAACCAUAUUUUUUACACUUUUUUAUUAGUAAUUUUAUAAAAGUUAAAAAAAAAAAAAAAAAAAAAAAAAAAAAACGCUAUUGUGCUACUUGAUGACAUUGUGAAAUAGAAAUAAUAGCUGCUAACAUCAUCAGCUCUACAACCUUGGAGAUAUUUUAUUUUUAAAAUUAUAACAAAUAAGAAAAUAAUUUCAAAGUCUAAACCUUUAACGGUGAGAUAAUUUCAGUCUCUAUGUAUUAUGUGUGUAUAUAUAGCUAUAUAGCACAUAUACCUAUAUAUACACGUACUUCUGUGUAUUUACACACACAUACAUUAACCAAUAGUAUAUAACUGAAAAGAAAGCUAUUUAUAAUGUGUUUCAAGCAAAAUUUACGCUGUUGGUUUUUUUUGUUUGUUUGUUUUUUAUUCAUUCACUUACUUGAGGACUGUAAAGUCAAGUCUCAAAUAGGGAAUGCUUAAAAUAAAAAUAAAAUUAAUUUUAGUUCAUAGUUUCAGCGUGAAACACUUAGCAUUGUGCUUGACAGCCUCAUGUUAUACAUUGAGAAUAUUAUUAUUUAUGCUUGGCACAAACCUCAGUCUCAUAAACAAGUGUCCAGGCAAAUACCCUAAAACAGUAGCAUUUCUUUGACUAUACCUAACAUCUAUUAUUAAAUGGUGCUGUCAUAUGACUGACUUGCUAAUUCCUUUCUACCGGUGCUGCUUUGUCCAGCCACAGGGUCUACACAAGUAUGUUGGUUAAGAAAUGGGAAAUCACUGCUUCCUUAGAAGCACGUGCAACGUGCAGAUCAGCAGUUACUAUGGUUCACAUUGUUUUGUUGUAUUUGAUAUUGUUCUUUAGGAAACCAAGUGGAUAAUUAGCACCACAGUGUUUAAGAGUUAAUAAUUUGUUCUGUAUUCAUUUCCUCAGUUAUGCUAGUAUUUUAUUUCCAAACCUUCAGUAAAAGCUGACAGUGGAGGGAAUAUCCAUAUUAAUAGUUGGUUUAACCUUUAACAUAAUUGAAAUACAAACUCUUUUAAGAAUGCCUUGAAAAGCUUUGAAUGACAAGUGUGAACACUGAAAAAAGAAAUUAAAUAAUGACAACCUCAGUUUUAAAACUUCUAGUUAAAAAGUUGCUAUAAAUAAAAUGCAGUUUAGAGUACUUGGAUCUGAUCUCUUUUUCAGAGGGCCAAUAACUAUAAAAAUAUACACCAGAGAAGUGAUUUUUACCUUGCAUUUCAGAUUAUUUGAUAAUGCACAAAAGUGUAAUACUUUUUUCCUUACAGGGCAUCCUGAUAAAAUAUAGUUAAAUAAGUAACACUAACCUUGUUCUCUUUUUAACUGUUUUGUCAUAUUUCACUAGAAAUAUUAUGCACCAUAUUUGGGACUCUUAUGUUAUGCAGAUAGACACAUUAAUCUCAGAGUUUUUUGUUUCUGGCGGAACUCUUGCCUCAAGUAGAUAACUCUUACACUGUGAAAGCAGUAUUUCUUCAGUUUUGAGCUGCAUAGUCUUAGUGAACAGUAUAGGGUUGGUCCUUUACAGAAUGCAAAGUUCUGUGGUUUUUCUGUUUUCUUAAAUCAUUAUGUCUUUGAAGUAACAGACUUCUGUGCUGUAGCUAAAUCAGCCAAGUCAUGUUUAAUUAUUUUUGUUUGUACCACUCCCAUUGCCUUUGGAGGGAAAUGUAAUGUAUUUCUUUAGUAGUAAAUCUGCUUCAAGAUGAGUGCUGUGAAAGAUGUUAUUGGAGCAUUCUAAGCAGCAUCAAAAACUAUGGUUUUCAUCUGGUAACCUGUUAAAUUACUGAAUAAUAAAUUGCCUACAUAGAUUACAAAAGAGUUCCAAUGAGAGAUUCCAAUGAGAUGCUUAGAAAGCUAAUGACUUGCCUGCAACUUCUCUGUUCAAAAAACAGUAUACUUCUGAAUUUAUUAAAUAACCUGCCUUUUUCUGAAAACAAAAUUAGGUAAAUGAUAGUAUUUUCUAAGAUUUCUUAUACUUUUGACAAUAGGAUCUUUCCUUUUGACCUUGUAACUCAAUAGAAAAUAAUAAUCAGUUAUUGAAUAAAGUUUGCUUGAAUUCCCUUUUUGUUUAAACAAAGACGACUUAACAAAUGAGUCUGUAGCUCAAUAAAUUGAAUAAAUUCUAAUUUUGGCACAAUUCUCUUAAUGCUUAAAUUUUCUCCAUUCUUAACUUGAUAAAAGCGGAGGGCUUUUUAGCUUUUAAAUAAUGGUGACCUUUUCCCAUUAUCUCUCCAUAACUUUAAGGUAUGGGAAAUUAACAAAAAAGGGAGUGGGGAUUUACCUCAUGUCACCUGUUUUGUCGUAACUUUUUUCAUGUGCUUGUCCUUACCCUAUGGUAAAUGGAAGCUAAAACACAGUAGUUUUACUACUCAGUGAAAUAGGGCUAAGUUUAUUAUAGUUUAGCACAGUGGUGCCUGGCUCAACCCUGUGGGCCAAAUGAGUGAUGCAGGGCUGGAUCCAUGUGGUCAGUCCGUGAGUGUGAUCUGGUACAUUUGGCCCAGCCCUGUGAGCUGGACCCAGCCAUGGAGUUACUCUGCACCAGAGCCUGGCCCCACGGUCUGGAUCUAGCCACCACCCGACCCGAGAUGCCAGCGUAGUCUGGUGCGUUAAGGCGCUGUCAUUCAGACUGCAUGGCUCCCUCCUCGUCUGGAAAUUUGGCAGCAGGGGAGUAGUAACAACAUUAAUUUCUGUGGCUUUCCAAAACUGCUGCAACCGUUCCCCCACUGCCAAAUUUUUAGACCCAUGGGAAGCCUGGAUUCAGCGUGCGGGCCAGAGAUUGAACCAUACUAGUUUAGCACGUAAACAACUACAGCAGAAAUAAUUUGCACUAAUUUGUUUGUUCCUGCCCUUUUGUUUCUUACUAAUGUAAACUAAAUAUCUUUUAUCCUUUUACUUUUUUAAAAAAAAAGUACAUAUCUCAUUCAGGAACGUCUGGAGCUUAAAUAUGUUCAAGAGCAGUAUACUGUGCCUUAUACUUUCACAUUACCCAUUUCUGUAUGUCCACUGUAAACACUCAAAGCACACAUAGGCCACCGCUAGCUUAUGUAUAUAAAAAGAAAAAGCGUAAGAAUUUCCAGUAAUUAUGAUAAAUUACUGAAUUACAAAGCAACUGCAAUACAAACAUUCAAGCUGGAAAGUAGGUGAAUAAAAGGAUAAAAUCAAAAAGGAAGACACUAACUUGGAAUUUGUUCAAAUGCAACUUCACAGUUCUGGGCAUUGCCUUUUAUUCAGGUUGCCAUUUCAAAUAUAUAUCAUUCAAUUAAAGUUUUCUGUGAUUUUAUUUGAUUGCUGUCUAUAGUAACACCUGUGUCCCUUGCCAGAUACCCAUAAGCAGAGCCGCUCAAUUUAGGGUUUGUAAGACUUCUGAAGUCCAUCCCUGGAACCUCAGUGUGUGUACCUGCCGUACCAGUAAAGUCAUAGUUGUUGCUGAACGCUUGAUUGGCAGGUCUGAAAACAGGUGUUUAAGCUACCUGCCUUACUGGAGUUACAAGUCUGACUUGAGCAUUCAUAUUAAAGGAACAUUGGCCAUGGUGAUUAGUUACUAAGUUUAAUUUAUCAGGAUCAUGGGGUAGAUGGCAUGUAACAUAUCUGUCAGAUAAAGCAGCUAAGUCAAGUUUUGAACACAACUGUGGGUUUGUACCUCCAUUAUAUGUGCUUAGUGCUCCCCUGUGGAGAUAAAGGAUAUGUGUCUAGCAUCACUCAACUCUCAAAAGGAAUAUUGACAAAAGGAACUAUAAAGGGUUAGACUGACAGUUCAAGAAAAAUAAAACCAAACCACAUGUUUUCCUACUACUAGAACCAAUUCCCCUACCCCCAUACAGCCCCAUUGCUUCUUAAGACAAACAAAAGAAUGUGGAUAACUUGACAAUGGGUUUUUGUUCAUUUUGACACUGCUGCAUUACUGUCUUUUGGUAAGAAUCCACAAAUAAAAAUGUUCUUGUGAUAUUGACAGCACACAAAGGAAAGUCCUUUUUUCAUGAGAUUUGCAAUCAUGAUGUCGAUGCUUUUUGACAAACCUUGAAUUCAAUCAGUCCUACAAACUUUCGAGUUUCACCAGUCACUAGCGAUUUCAUGGCCAGAUAACUCGGCCCCCUUGUUAAAUCGUCAUAAUGACAGCAAAGGUUUAUUUCUGUUAGAUUUGAAAUAUGCUCUAGGGCUUUAGGAUCUGAUUUCUCAUCUACAACUCAAAGGGGCUGAAUCAGGCCCAUAAAGAGAGGCCUCAAUAUGCAGGUUUCGGUUCUGCCCCAGGCUCACUCAUUGACUUGUGCUCAUUUGGAGAAGUCACUUUUGUUCUCUGGGACUAAUUUAUCAGUUCCACUGAGCAUCAAGUUGCAGUGGUCUUUCCCAGGAAUAGACUCAAUGGGCACAUCAACACGUGCAAUUAAUACAAAGCAAUACGCUAGUAUCAGCUGGAGGUCAUUGCUCCUGAGUGCCAUGAUUACAUGUGCACUUUGGACUGCAGCAUGUUGAGCUGGAGAGUCAACCUGCCAGACUGGAGCUGCUCCAACCUGGCUUAACAUGCUGCAGAGAGGCUGACUGGGGCAUGAGGGUACUCAAGUACAGGGCUUGCCGGCAGCUAGUCCCUGUACUGAAGCACCCUCAUGCCCAAACCAGCCCCACAUGUGCAUUGCUUCAGAGUAAAUAACUCUGCCAUAGGAUAGUACUUGUAUUUACAAGUACUAACCUACCUUGGAGUUAAUUAGUUUACUGGUGCCUAAUAGAGCUGCAGUGUAGAUAUGGACACUUUACUACAGAGCUAAUUAGCCAGCUGUGCAGUAAUCGUCUCGUGUAGACACUCCCAGUGUAUAUGAAAAUUUAAUCUUUCCUCACAUCAGUUUGAUGGCUUGAAAAGACUGUUUCUCUGUCUCUCAGUACUAUUGUGUAGUUGUACUAUAUACAAACUACUUCUUAAAUCAUUGAAUAAGUGCUAUAGAAGUGCAAAAUACUUUCUUGAACUAGGAGUUUGACAACGUAGUUUAACUAAACUAAUGAAAUAUGUUUUGAGUUCUAUUUCUGCAUUAAGCACAGCAAGAGACAGUCCACAUUUCAACCGUAAGGUGUUCUUUUUGUAGUGGCUGAAUCUGACAGUCAUUCAAAUCAAUGUUGCAAUUGAAGUACAUGCAAGAAUAAUUUCCCAACAUAAUAUAUUAAUGUAAUUUCAUUGUUAUGCAUUAGAGGCCAGUGAUAUGGAUAUUGCAAAGCUGUGUUGUGGAAUUCUAUUUGUAACAAACAUUGGGAACCAAGUCAAAGUUAUCCAGUUGAGUAUCUCAUGCAAACAUAUACUUAAACUAGCAUGUAUAGCCUGUGAGCUUUACUUUACUUAGCAAUAUACUGUAUAUUAGAAUUAAAUCUAGGAAGGAAGAGGGAAACUUGAAGCUAGUAUAUGAAGAUUCAAGAAGCCAUAAACAAACUAUAUUUGCCAAAUUGGACGGUAAAACUAUUACAUAGGAACAUUUAUUUAAUGCUUCAGGAUAUGGAGAUGCAUUGCAGAAUAUGUAUUAAUGGUUAAAAAUUAGCCAGUUAAAUUGUCUUCGAAAUAUAUUCUUUCAAUGCAAGUGCCUUAUUUUAUAGUCCAGUUUUAUGUGUCUUCCUGUACAUUGUGAAAUAUGUUGAUUUCCUUUGGUUACUUCCACUAUAAGAAAAUGUGUAUCAGGUAUAUGUUACUCUAAGGAUGUGUUAUUAGGAUAUGUUUGCAGAUCUUAAUCAAAAUUCUCUCUGUCAGACACUUGCUAUAACUUUCAAAUUGUCAUUAAAAGUAUCACACAACCUGUACUAAUGCAUAUAAGGGUGCAUUAGCACUUCUGCUAGUAAGCUCCUGUUUCCAUGGAUUUAAUUAUUUGAUUGUGAAAUAUCACACCAUGCUGAAAUGUAGCACAUGAGUUUUGGGCCAAGGUCAAAUAUUUUGACAAAUGUUGGCAAAAAGUUCUGCUUUAAAAUUAGUUCGUAUUACAAUAGAUGGGUAUUAGUCUUUUCUAACGAAUUCCUCAAACUGCAUUACUUUUUAAGGUGGAAUGUUGAAGCUAAUAGUUUCUAAUAGUAGUUUUGUUUAGUGCCUUUGAGUGUUUGUUUUUCUUUGGGGUGGAGGCUGGUGAUGAAGAAUCACUAUGUUUAAUUUGCUUUCAGUGGGAGCAUUUUUAAUCUAAAUGAAUAAUAUAAAGGCUUUUAAUGAAAUAUGUUUUCUGUGGACGUGUUUUCUGUGAUGCUGUGCUUUGGGCUAGCAUGUGACCUAUAGCCGCAACCCACACAAUGAAGAGCAUGCAAAAUGGCCACUGCAACAAGAACACCCAGGAGGAAUUAUGGUUGACUCACAUUGACUUCCUGCAUGCCAUAGCCAUAAUAUCCUAACAAAGAAUGUAGCAUGCACCACCACACUUGUCCUGUUUCCUCACUACUUUUUGGGAUGAUCAGGGCUGGCCAUAAAAAAGGAAUGUGCUCCCAGUUACUCUCUCUGGUCUUUGUGCUAUGCAAUGGAAGCUUGCAGAGCUCUCCCCACCUUUUUGAAUUUACUAGACCUAAUUUGAUUUCCUUUGGGUAAAUCAAAUUUCAAAGCUAGAUAAAGCUCACUACCAUUUUGAUAAAAACUCCUGUUUCUAAAGUGCCUAAGAAGCAAUUUAAUCUAACACAAACUAGAAAUUUUGUCUAGUUUCUAAGCCAUUUAUGCCCUGUAUUUUGUAUUUGUCCAGUGAAUACUUAAGAGCUGUGAGAGGCUAGGGUUAAUUGCAGGAGAAUAAUCUAUAUUGCUAGUUGUCAAAAUUAGUCCUUAUACUAGACUACUCUCUUUCAGUGUAUCUUACAAAAUAUGUAUUUAGCAGAUGUUGUUUUUUAUUAACUACCUUUUUUUAACAUUAAAAACAGAAUUAGGUUCUAGCAAAACACAAGUAAUUUUAAAGUGAAGUUACAUUUUUGGAAGAAAACUAAGAAUUUUCCGAAGAGCUGAGUUCAGAGGGUUGGGUUUUUUUCUUGCAAGACUUGUUGUCUGACGCUUCUGAUUCGCGUCUACUCAUGCGCUUGUGCACCUAUUUGAAGUCAAUGGAACUGUUUACUUGCUUCAGAUUAGACUUGUUUGAGCAUCUUGCUGAAUUGUAGUAAAAAUAUAAAGUGCAGCAAGAUGCCUUCCCCAUGAUUUUAGGUGCUUCAUGUCACCAGCUCAGAUGAAAUACAGAGAUUCCCUCCCAGAUUCCAAUGCAAAAAAAAUCUUUAUUUUGCAUACUUUUACAUUGUUUUUUCCUUUAUGUUUUAUAGCGGUAGACAUCUUUGCAUUGUUAAAAGCAAUAAUCUCUUCCAAGAGAUAAGAGCAGUAAUGUCUUCCAAGUUAUGCUGCUUUGAAAGGGAAUUUGCUGUGUACAGAAUAGUUUUUCAAACUCUCCUCUUUCUUUCUGUCUUCCUCUAGUCUAGUCAGUCCCAUGAAGAGGAAUUCCUGCAUAAUCUCCUGUAGGACAUGAUCCUACAUAGCCAACUUUCUUUUGCAUACAAUCCCUCUGUCCCAUUCGGCUUAUAUCUGUUAUCUUUUUACACUGAUUCAGAAUCGUAUGAUUUAUUUUUUAAAAAACAAAAAAAACCCAUGAGCUGAAGUUUAGUCUUGAACUUCCUCAAAUACAUUGUCAAAGUGUGCUCUAGUAAUGUUCUUUCACAAUUUGCAGCUAAAUUGGAAUUUUGAGUGCAAAAUCUAGCACUCAAGGCUAUUACUUAAUGUGCCUCAAAACAGUUUGCACAUAGAAGUCAUCCAUAAAUGUUUAAUUACUGACAAAUACAAUAGUGACAAAAAUGUGAGGGUUGUAAGAGAGCAGGCACUACCAUAUUCUGGCUGUCAUAUGAAAUUGGGCACAGAGAAGACUGUGGGGAGAGAGAAUUUACAGUGUCAGGUUUAGGAAGUUUCCCCAUGACUUUUGUGGGAAUACUUUUAGGUCUCCAUAAUACUAAUUAUGGGUAUGUACAGAUAUUUGGGGAGGUUAGAUCAAGUUAAUGGCCACCCAAUCUAAGGUAAGUCAGGAUGGAGGGGGACUAGUGGGAGGGCUUAGGAUCAGGGGAGGCAAGCAGGCUCCAGUGGGGGAAUCAGGGAGGCAACUGAGUUCCACAGGAAGGGGAGGGUUGGGAGGCUCAUGCAGUUUGCCGGGGGUGUGGCAAUUGCGGGGGGUGGGGGGGGCGCAAGAGGCAGGGGCUAGCAGUGUCCUUGAGGGGACUUUGGAGGAAGGGGGAGGAUUUUUUUUUCCCCCUCCCCCAGAUCAGGAGCUAUUUUUAGGCCCCCAAACCCUCUCUGACUCCUAGAUGAACAACCCCUUGUCGAACCAACCCCCGCAUGCUGUCUGCUUCUCCUCCCAUCCCAACUUACUUCCUUGACUCCCAAUAUCAGCAGAUAUUGGUAAAACCAGCACUGGGAAGAGCUUACAGGAUUGGGUGUUUGGCAGACUUGCAGAGGACUGACUGAUCUUGGGGGAGGAGGGUUGUUGUUUGGGGGUGGGACAAAGGGUUUGAAGGACUAAAAAUAGCCCAGUGCCAUGGGGGUGGGGAAGGGUAGGGGAAGUGCAGUCCCAAGGCAGGGGCCAGUAGUUGGUCUUUCCCAGCCCCAAACAUGGAAACUGUACAGAAGGCAAUCAAAUCUGUUUUGCCAGAUCCGAUCUAAGUUAGACUAUCUCAGAGGUACACUUAACUUAGAUCAGGUCAGCUGUUUUAAAACUGAUCCAGCCUUUCUAGAUUUCUGUACAAUUCUCAGUUACAGUACACCCAACCAGGGAUCUAAGUAUAAGGUCUGCACCUGGGUACACUAUGUUAGAUUGGGUGGCCAUUUUUAAAGCAAUCUAACCUCUCCAAACAUCUAUAUGUACCCUCUAGGAAGACUUUUGGGGCUGUUUAUAGUGAACUUCAAAACAUUCAAAUAUUAAAAAAAAAAAAUCUACCUAGUUAUAGGAUUAAUUCCAUAUUUGGACACCCUGCAUGCCUAUAUACAGGCUCCAAUGUGUUCUAAUUAGACGGCUCCAGCAUGCUUCACCAUCAUGUGUAUUCAGCAUCCUGCAUUUCAAAAUGAUG